AUGGGCGCCCCGGGCUCCACGCCGCUGCCGCCGCUGCUGCUGCUGAUGCUGGGAGUCGGGUGCUGCGCCCGGCAGGUGCUGGUCCCCCAGGGGCCGCUGUACCGCGUGGCUGGCACGGCCAUCUCCAUCUCCUGCAACGUCACCGACUACGAGGGCCCCUCCCAGCAGGACUUUGAGUGGUUCCUGUACAGGCCCGAGAACCCCGAUGCUUCCGUGGGCAUCGUCAGCACCCGGGACACCGGCUUCUCCUACGCGGUCUUCAGGCCCCGGGUGGCGGCCGGCGAGGUGCGGGUGCAGCGCGUGCGGGGCGAUGCCGCGGUGCUCACCAUCGCGCGCCUGCAAGCCCAGGACGCCGGCGUGUACGAGUGCUACACCCCGUCCACCGACGCCCGCUUCCUGGGCAGCUACAGCGGCAAGGUGGAGCUGAGAGUUCUUCCAGAUGUGCUGCAGGUGUCUGCCGCCUCCCUCGGGCCCCGCGGCCGGCAGAUGCCCACCUCCCCCUCCCGCCUGACGGUGCACGAGGGGCAGGAGCUGGCCCUGGGCUGCCUGGCGCGGACCAGCACGCAGCAGCACACGCACCUGGCCGUGUCCUUUGGCCGCGCGCUGCCCGAGGCCCCCGUGGGGCGGGCGACGCUGCAGGAGGUGGUGGGGCUCCGGCCAGACCUGGCCGUGGAGGCCGGCGCCCCCUACGCCGAGCGGCUGGCGGCCGGGGAGCUGCGGCUGGCCAAGGAGGGCGCCGAGCGGUUCCGCAUGGUGCUGGGGGGCGCCCAGGCCGAGGACGCGGGCACCUACCACUGCACCGCCGCCGAGUGGAUCCAGGAUCCUGACGGCAGCUGGGCCCAGAUCGCGGAGAAGAGGGCCGCGCUGGCCCACGUGGACGUGCAGACGCUGUCCAGCCAGCUGGCGGUGGCCGUGGGGCCCGGGGAACGCCGCAUCGGCCCGGGGGAGCCCUUGGAACUGCUGUGCAACGUGUCCGGGGCGCUGCCUCCACCGGGCCACCACGCCACCUACUCCGUGGGCUGGGAGAUGGCCCCCGCAGGGGCGCCCGGGCCUGGCCGCCUGGUAGCCCAGUUGGACACGGAGGGUGUGGGCAGCCUGGGCUCCGGCUACGAGGGCCGGCACAUCGCCAUGGAGAAGGUGGCGUCCAGAACUUACCGGCUACGGAUGGAGGCCGCCCAGCCCGGCGACUCGGGCACCUACCGCUGCCUCGCCAAGGCCUACGUGCGAGGGUCCGGGGUCCGGCUGCGCGAAGCGGCCAGCGCCCGCUCCCGGCCCCUCCCCGUGCACGUGCGGGAGGAAGGCGUGGUGCUGGAGGCGGUGGCGUGGCUGGCGGGAGGCGCCGUGUACCGCGGGGAGACGGCCUCGCUGCUCUGCAACAUCUCGGUGCGGGGCGGCCCCGCGGGGCUGCGGCUGGCCACCAGCUGGUGGGUGGAGCGGCCUGAGGACCCGGAGCUGAGCUCUGCGCCCGCCCAGCUGGUGGGCGGCAUGGGUCAGGACGGCGUGGCGAAGCUGGGGGUCAGGCCCGGGGGAGGCCCCGUCAGCGUGGAGCUGGUGGGGCCCCGAAGCCACCGGCUGAGGCUGCACAGCCUGGGGCCCGAGGACGAAGGCAUAUACCACUGCACCCCCAGCGCCUGGGUGCAGCACGCCGACUACAGCUGGUACCAGGUGGGCAGCGCCCGGUCGGGGCCUGUCACAGUCUACCCCUACCUGCAUGCCCGGGACACCCUGCUCAUGCCCCUGCUGGUGGGGGCAGCCGUGGCCCUCGUCACGGGCGCCGCCAUCCUGAGCACCAUCACCUGCUGCUUCAUGAAGAGGCUGCGGAAACGAUGA